UCCAACCAGUUUCCUGGGGUUUUCCAAUGUUGACCGAGACAUGACCAGAACAACGAAACAGUAGGUAAAACAAAGGCCUUUUGUUGCAAUACAGAAAACCACUAAAAGGAAUAUCAAGGUUUGGAUACCAAGAUGGGCUUGACAGACUGUAUUAUCACGGGAACCAAACGCUUCAACCACUGGGCCACCCCACUGCAUAAACAAUCGGUCAGAGGAUGGAACCUGCUGAUGACGUUGGACCCACUCCUGCUUGAACACAAGCACCUGUCACAAACCAGAAGAGGUCAUGGACGGCUGUUGUGACACGCAAACAUGACAGUGAUAGAAAUGACCCAAAAUUCACAUCACAGGUUUCAAAUAGCAUGAUCUGGCAUUACAACUGGAGGCCAUUUGCACAAUUACGGACCAAAAACAUUCUGACGAAAAUUUCUGAGAUUGCAUAUUAGAGAAUAUGUCUCUCAAAGAAGAACCAAUGGCGCAUCACGAUGUAGAGGGAAUAAGGGGUAGACAGUCACUCCCCCCUGGCUGUAACACCUGGUGUCCAGACAGCUAUGCAUCAUGUGUCGGCGCUGAUGCCGGUCGGAGUCAACCGGAGGACAUGGAUGUUUCGGUCAACACGUUUAUGUCGCUUGAUGGUACACACACAGUCAACAACAUCAGAGGGUGUGAAGACAUCGUGGUGAUAAACAGCAUCAAGGCGAGGGAUGUCGCCAUCAGAAGCAAGACUUCCGUCAUCAACACUAUCGAACAUCAAGGAACUGAGCAGUCCAGUCCAUCUCCAUUUGAAAACCUUGUCAGUUCAACGUUGGGACUCAUUCAUGAAGCUGAAGCGAAGCCGUAUGUUUCAACUCGUUCUGCUCGAACAGCGUUCCGUCUUCUUCAUCAGUACGGUUCAAUAUUCAUCAAAGGGAAAUCUGGCUCCGGGAAAACCAGGCUUGCCUUACGUCUGCUGUCGCACAUUUCAAGGAAAACAGGCAGAAAACCAGUUAAUAUAUCUGAAUGGCAACAGUGGGAUUUCAUCCCAAAGACAUUUAACAAAACAAAGUUUGUGGUGUUGAUUGAUGACAUAUAUGGUUCAAACAACUUGAAUAAUGAUCGAAUCAGAGAGUGUGAAAGAUAUUUUGAUAUCAUGUGGCCUCAGGUUGAAUCGGGAGAUAUCUUCUGCAUCCUUACAUCCAGGUCCGAGAUAGCCAUCUUGUGUAAAUACAGGAUGAAGAAAUAUGACAUCGUGAAGAAAGCUCUCUGUGUGGACAUGGAUGGCAACAAGUACCCCUUAACGAGCAAUGAAAAAAGAAACAUGUUGAAAAAAAUAUGUGGUCUUGAUAUCAGCGAAGAUGAUUUUGUUAGGAUAGAUGAGGUAGAGAUAUCACUUGGAUUUGUUCAGUGUUGUGUGUUUUUUACAGGCUGCAAGGAAGCUCAAAUGAAAGGGAUUGCAUUUUUCUUUCAACCAACCGAGUUUAUUCUUGCUGAGGUAAACAAUCUACAGGUCAAUGACAGUAUUGGUUACCUGGUCCUACUGAUAGCUUUGAUGUGUAAAGGGGAGUUAGAUGUGCGACAGAUCCAUCCAAUCAAAUGCCAGAUUGGAACGCUUAUAGCAAAUUUGAAGGAGUGUUGUCACAUGGCAGGCGAUGUGUCUCUUUCCUAUAUUAAAGACAAAGCAGACUCGUUGUGCAGCACGUACCUCCGCCGCACUGGACUUGGCUACGCGUUCCAGCAUCAGUCUGUACAUGAUGCUGUCUUUAUGACCUUCGCCAAAAGGUAUCCAGGCUUUUGUAUAGACGUGUGUUCUUCUGACAUGUUGAUAGAGCUGGUUAGAACUGACACUGAUGGCAACACUGUUAACACUGUUUGUCUUCCUGAACACUGCUUCCCCUCGCUGGCAGGUCGUAUAACCAACCUGUUGGUGUCUGGUGAUAGUCAGGUUCUCAACCAUCCCUCGUUUCACCAUGAGGACUUUGUGCAACUUCUUUUGGAAACAUGGACAGAUGAGCUCCUAAUAAAACUGUUACUCCAGGAUUUGAAACCAACAACUGUUUCCAUUCCACAUCCGAUGUUGCUAUGGAACAAAAUUCAUAUGUUUACAUACAGUAAAUUGUCAACCGCCUUCAUCCUAAAUAAACACAAACAUGCAGUCAAACAGCUGCUGUCAAGAAUGGGAGACAGGUCUAAGUUUACAUCCACUGAUUUGGCCUGUGCGAUUUAUGUUCAGGAUGACGACAUCAUCAGUGAGUUGAUUCAGAUGGGGGUGACACCUGAUGUGGACUGUUUCAGGGCUCUGUGUCAUUCAAAAUGUGACAAUAACAUAGCGUAUGAUAUUUACCAGCACCUUGAGAGCCAGAUCGAAAGUGUGAUUGAUCUGGAGGACUUGUUCAGUCUUGCUGUUAUGAAUGGAAAUACCUAUCUGGUACAACUGUUGGUCCGAAAGCUGAAACAAAGCGGACAACAUAUGGACAUGUUCCAGAACCAGUUGGUGAUGUUACUGGAUGCGAGUGGACGCACAAGCUUGAAAGGAAAGCACACUUUGAAUGCAGGUAGUGGGGAAAAGUGCUACUUUGAUAUCAUUGUUGCCUUGUUUACAACAGGGUGUGAUACUGACAUCAGCUACCUUGUGUGGCUGUCAGCCUGUCAUCCAGACGCGACAGCCCUGAGAUAUUUCCUCCAGAACCCGAAUAUCAACCCUCUGAAGAGGUUCAGAAGUCCCGAUCUUCUAUACAGACACACCACAUCCGUCCAACAAGCAGCAGCAUUUGGUGGUACAGAGUGCAUGCAUGAACUCAUUGAAUAUUCCACACAGAAAGGGAUAUCGAUAUAUGAAUGCUUGAAUGGAUUGGUAGACGAAGAUGACAGUCCACUUGAAUUAGCAUUGGCAUAUGGUAAUUAUGACUGUAUGACGUACCUCAUCACUCAAGGAGCUGAUGUGAGCAGACGGAAUACAUUUGGAGAAACGCUGUUACAUGCAGCUGCUAGGGAUAUGAAUUUGGAUGCUGUCAACAUCCUCUUGGACCACGGAGCUUCUGUAAAUGAAGCGGAUGGUAAAGGAUCCACACCAUUUACGUAUCUAUACCCUGAUGAUCAGUAUUACAGGAACGAGUUUUGUUCAUCGGCUACUGGAACUGUCAGAGCUCUUCUGGAAGCAGGAAGUGAUGUCAAUGAGUCUGAUAUUGAUGGAAACACUUGUAUCCUGAAAGCAGCUAGGAUUGGUGACAUCCAGACUGUCAGAUACCUGUGUGAUAAGGGUGCAGAACUGAAUCUCAAAUACAAAGAGCGAAAAACAGUGUUGCAUCAGGUAACAGAAAACUGUGAUUUAGAAACAACAAAAUACCUCAUUGCCAAAGGUGCUGAAGUAGAUGCAGUGGACGACUGGGGCAGAAAUGUUAUGCAUUAUAGUGCAUGGUCAGGGAAAGACACAGUAGAGAAACUCCAAUACUUCAGAGCUGCCCACAACGGGGCGACUAGUGGGACAGACAGGUCUGGUAGAACGGCCCUGUUCUAUGCUGUAGAGUCUGAUGAGGAAGCAGUGGAAAUGCUUGUUGAGGCAGGCUUGGAUAUUCAUGCUACAGACAUGGAGGAUGCAACCUUGCUCCAUGCAGCGUGCAGGCAACAGAAGAGACCCAGCUGUGAAUCCAUUGUGAUGUUCCUGCUUGAGAAAGGUGUUGAUCCGCAUCUGAAGGAUAAACAUGGAAGAACCCCAUUACACUAUGCUGCUAAUCAGAGACAUUGUGAGAAGCUUGUGCAGCAUCUUCUGAACUCAGGGGCGGAUCACAAUGCCGUGGACAAUGAUGGUAGCACCCCUUUACAUUAUGUGGCAAGGGCAGGGAGUGUUGGCCUGACCCUACAGCUGCUGCUGGAAAAAGGGGCUGAUCCAGGUGUGCAGGAUGAAUCAGGUUGUACUCCACUACACCUUGCAGUGAUGUCGCAGGGUGAAGAGAGUGUGAAGUUACUUCUGGAUGGUGGGGCUGAUCCAUGUAUUUCUGACAAUGAAGGGCGCACAGCAUUAAAUUAUGCCGUACUAUCUCAUCAAGAGGAUAUUGUCAAGUUACUUGUAGAAAAGGGAAACUUGUGAAGUCCUAAGACUAAAUGAGCUUCUGGGGUUUGUGUGGGAAUAAGGUGUGGAUCAGGGUGGCUGCAGUGGAAACAGCGGGGGGUGUUGGGAUGGGAAUGGUUGUUGUAAUCGGUUUUGGGGUGUGGUGGUCGUAGGAUGGGUGGGAACUACUGUUCUGUCUGGGGUUGUUUGUUUGAAAGAAAAUAUGUUCUACAGUGAGUACUUUGAAAUGAAUAAUUUCUUUGUCUGAAAAGAGGAGUCACACAUGGUUGUUUUAACCAACAAAACUCACUAACUCACAUACACUCACUCACUCAUACUCCAUAUUGUAGUUUGGUUAUUAUUACCAAUCAUUAUUUUAUUGUUUAUUUCACUGUUUUUGUAGUGAUGUAAUGUAAUUCUCGCACAAUCAGUAAUGUUCUUCAGCAUGGAAUCUUGUUCAUUCAGUAAUGUUCUUCAGUGUGGAAUCUCAUUCAUUCAGUAA